AUGUUUUUUUGCUACAGGAACAAGAAAAUUGUUGAUUAUUCUCAAUUUGGGGAUUUGGAAGAUGAUGAUGAAGACUUUGCGUGUAUAGCUGCACCUUCAAGGAAAAAAUCCAGAACACAGCUCAAAGAACCAAAGAAGGAGAAAAAAGAGAAGCAAAAAAAGCCACACAAAGAACCGACUCCAUCACAAAAGCAGACACCUAGUAAAAGGAUAUCCUUGGAUGACAAACUUUAUCAAAGAGAUUUGGAAGUUGCCUUAGCCUUAUCCAUCAAAGAAAAGUCUGCAAAUACCCUUGAAGUGCAAAAUUCAGAAGAACAAGGUAAGAAUAUUGAAUCAGAAAAUGUACCCAGGAGACCCCUUUUUUCCAACUGCAGUGUAGACAGUGAACUUUUAGGUCUCAAUCAGGUUAUGGAUGAUGACGUACCUAGGGGUGACUGUAGGCAAAGGACAGCAGCAUCUAAAGUUCCAGCACAUCAGAAGAAAUUACUGACCGUUGACAGUGAUGACGGAAAGCAUUCUACUGACUCUGAGCCAGAGUCUGUACCCAGUGAGGAGUCAGAAGAAGAUUCCGAUUAUAGCGAAGGUGAUGAUGAAGACUUUGCUAUGGAAAAGAAGAAAGCCAAAGGAAAUAAAAAGAAAACGAAACAAAAGAUGCCAGCUGAAAGAGAGAAGAAAACUCUCAAAUCCAAGAUGAAUACUACUGUGUCACCUGUAGUUUCUCCUUCACGGAUAACAGAAGAAAAAUCUGAGCCAACACAAAAGAUGAUGUCCAGUUCUUCAGAACCAGUUGGGAGGCCUUUACAUACAUCGAGUCCUGUAACAGACAAGAAGCCUAAAUGGAUACCACCAGCUGCAUCAGGAAGCAGUAAUAACUGCAUGAAAUAUGUUGCAGUUAAGUCACCUACUCAGUGUCUUAGGCUCGGCCUCUCCAGACUAGCAAGAGUCAAACCACUGCAUCCCAGUGCUACCAGCGGUUAA